AUGUCCGAUAACAAUAAUUACACAUGGCGCGAUCACUCGCGCCUCUUCCUCGCCUGCGGGAUUGUGAUUCUAAGUCCGUUUCAGUAUGGGUUUGACUUUGGCAUGAUUGGAGGUCUUCAGGCUAUGAAAGGCUUCCUCCAGAUCUUCGGCUACCGCACCGACAAAACGCCCACAGGCUGGAACAUCUCCCCAGAGCGCCAACAACUAAUAUCCUCCCUCAUGACCCUAGGCGCCUUCCUCAGCUCUGCCACCGCUGGUGUACCGUCGACGCGUUUCGGAAGAAGGACAUGUCUAGCAGCAGCCUGUAUAACAUGUUUCAUUGCGAACAUCUUAAUGAUGGCAACAGAACACAUCGCAGCCUUAUACACCGGCCGCCUAGUCAUCGGUCUCGCAAACGGCUAUUUCAUGACAUUCUCCCAACUCUACCUCCAAGAAAGCAGUACCGCCGAGCUGCGCGGUAUAUUUCUCACCGGCUUCAACUUCUUCGUUUCGUUCGGCACACUCAUCGGGACAAUAGUUGACUGGGCGACUGCGAAAAGACCGGAUAAGAGUGCGUAUUUGAUUCCGCUGGGGUUGAUAUAUGUGUUCCCGCUCAUCAUCUUGUGUACGAUUUGGUGGGUGCCGGAGAGUCCGCGGUGGCUUAUUUUGCAAGGGAGGUUUGAAGAGGGGGUUAAGGCGCUGCAGUGGUUGAGACCGCAACGGCAUGAUUCGCGUGCUGAGGCCGAGGCGAUAAGGGCGGCGAUUGAGAAGGAGAAGGAGUCGAGUUCGGGGGUGGGAUGGUGUGAUAUGUUUUCGAAUAAGGUGGAUAGACGGAGGACUUUGUUGGCUGUGGGCGCGGUGCUGUUGCAGGCGGCGAGUGGGUCGAUGUUUAUUAUUGCGUACAAAGCAUACUUCCUUCAAAUGGCAAAAGUACAAGACCCCUUCGCAAUGUCAAACAUUCUCUCCGCCAUCAGCAUAAUCGCCUUCAUCGCAAACUCCUGUAUCGUCGUACGUUACGGUAACAGGCGUGUACUGCUCAUGACGGGUCUGCUCUUCUGUGGCGUAUUGCAACUCAUCAUCGCGCUUGUGUAUCACAAGGCGCCGGAUGCGAAGGCUACGGGCAAAGUUACUGUUGGGCUUACGGGGAUUUAUAUGUUUAGUUACAACGGCAUGAUAUCAACCUACGCCUGGCUCUCCGGCGGCGAACUCCCCACCCAGCGCCUCCGCAGCCAUACCUUCGGUCUGGCCGCUUCCGCCGGUUUCGUAGGCGCGUGGCUAACGACGUUUACGGCACCUUACUUUAUUAACCCCCAGGCGAUGGACUGGGGUCCUAGAUACGGCUUCAUUUGGGCACCAUCGUGUGCGGUUGCUGCGGCUUGGGUCUUCUUCUUCUUGCCUGAGGUCAAGAAUAGGACGCUGGAGGAAAUUGAUGAGAUGUUUGCGGCAGGGUUAGGGGCAAGGAGGUUCAACGGGUAUAAGUGUAUCGGUGUUGGUGGUGAGGAGGAGGGUAAGGGCAAGGAGAGGACUAGUGUUGAGAAGGAGAAAGAGGUUGUGGUACUUAUGAAUGAGCAUGUUGCUGCUGAGACUACGGUGUCGAGAGAUUAG